AUGAAAUCCUACCAAACAAUUUAUGCUGACGGUGUUCCAAAACUAUCAGAUGCAAAAUCAUACUUUGCUUCACUACUUGAUCCUAAUGUUCCACGUUUCAUUCAUAAUCAAAUUGUCCGUAUAAGUAGUGAUGUUGGUGUAAUUAUAAAAUGUGAAG